CAGAGGGUUUAUCAUCUCCUCAGCAACAAGUCUUGUCUCAUGUUCUAGAUUGAAGGACUAAUUUGUUCACUGAAGGGAAGAAGGUAUCAUCAAGGACCAGCUGCUGAAUAUGGAAAGGUGGAGCGGACGUGUAGCCCUGGUGACGGGGGCCAGUGCCGGUAUAGGGGCGGCUAUUUGCAGAUUUCUCGUUGACAAGGGGAUGAAGGUCGUUGGUGCUGCACGCGAGGAAGAGAGGAUACAGGCACUAGCAGAUGAACUGGCCGACAAACCUGGAUCUCUGACGGCGAUCAAGUGCGACAUCACCAAAGACUCGGACGUCCUCGGUCUCUUUGCUUCCAUCAAGGAAAAGUUUGGAGGAGUUGAUGUGUGUAUCAACAAUGCUGGGAUGUCUCAUAACCAUUCUCUCCUGGAGGGAACACCAGAGGAGUGGCGCGAGAUGUUAGACGUCAACGUUGUGGGACUUUGUUUGUGUACACGUGAAGCUGUGGCAUCAAUGCGUGAAAACAAUGUUGAUGAUGGCCAAAUCAUCCACAUUAGCAGCAUAAUGGGGCACCAAGUCAUGUCAUAUUCUACGCUCCAUUUCUACUCUGCCACGAAAUUUGCCGUAAGAGCUCUCACCGAGGGACUGCGCCAAGAACUCAGAGGUCUCAAGUCACAUAUUCGAGUUACGGCCAUCAGCCCUGGUGUGGUAAAGACUGAAUUUCUCUCAAGAAUGAUGAAGGAUAAGGAGAAGGCACAGGGGGUUUUUACCAACAAAAAGUGUCUACAAGCUGAGGACAUUGUAUCUACUGUGGUUCAUGUGCUUUCUACCCCACCACAUGUUGAGAUUGGUGAUAUCAUCGUCCUGCCAACAGAAUAAAUCUUCUAACAUGACCCGAAGCAUAAACCACAGUGCUCUGAGAAUGAAAGCUGGCACUGGACCCAGGGCAAGAUUCAGGAUCUGGCCUUAAAUUCUCCCGAACUAGAGGUUAUUACUUUUUUAAACAGCUGAAGUGCCUUAGGUUGAGAAAAGUGUGUUGAUAACAUAUCUGAGGGGUAACACAGUUGAAAUAUACCAUUAUGAAAUAUAUAGAAUCAAUAAUGUAGACUCGGGUUCAUGGAAAUAUACAAUUAAUAAGAGUAUAAGGAAAAUAUUUUUUGUGGGGUAAUAUGAUUUUCUGUUAAUUCCACAUGAUUGUUCUGACUACUGUA